UGGUUGCCAUCUUCUAAAUAUGGGAAAGGAGAAGGACCUAUCUGGUUUGACAAUGUCCACUGUACUGGCAAAGAAAAGACUUUGGCACAGUGUCAGUCCAACGGGAUCGGCAUUUCAGACUGCAAGCACAGCGAAGAUGUAGGAGUGGUAUGCAGUGACAAGAGGAUCCCGGGAUUUAAAUUUCUCAACACUCUGCCCAACCAUGUGGAGAAUCUUGACAUUCAUGUAGAGGAUGUGCAGAUUCGAGCCAUUCUGUCAUCCUACCGUAAGCGGAUCCCUGUGAUGGAAGGCUACGUGGAGGUCAAAGAUGGUGGCAAAUGGAAGCAGAUCUGUAACAAAGACUGGACCCAGUUUAACAGCAGAGUGAUCUGUGGCAUGUUUGGCUUCCCCGGGGAGAGGAAGUACAAUCCCAGAGUCUACAAGAUGUUUGCUCGCAGGAGAAAGCCCACAUACUGGGACUACUCUGUCAACUGCACUGGCAAUGAAGCACACUUGUCCAGCUGUAAACUGGGCCAGGCUGUACUGGAGAAGUCCAAUGGGACCUGCCCUAGAGGAUUGCCUGUGGUGGUGAGCUGCGUGCCUGGUAAAGACUUUGCCCCAACACUCAUGAUGGGAUUUAGGAAGGCCUUCCGACAAGAGCAACCAUUGGUUCGUCUCCGUGGUGGGGCCAUCGUAGGUGAGGGGCGAGUGGAGGUGUUGAAAAAUGGAGAGUGGGGCACCAUAUGUGAUGACAAGUGGAACCUGUUGUCUGCCACAGUGGUGUGUCGAGAGCUGGGCUUUGGUACAGCAAAGGAGGCUCUGUCUGGAGGUCGCCUUGGACAAGGUAUGGGUCCAGUGCAUAUGAAUGAGGUGGAGUGUUCAGGAUUUGAGAAGUCCAUAACUGAGUGUUCGUUCAAUAAGGAGGCUCUGGGUUGUAGCCAUGAGGAGGAUGCAGCCGUCAGAUGUAAUGUCCCAAAAAUGGGCUUCCAGGAAAGGCUGCGUCUGAGUGGAGGUCGUAACCCGUAUGAAGGCCGUGUGGAGGUGCUGGUGGAGAGAAAUGGCUCUCUGGUGUGGGGGACGGUGUGCAGCGAGGGCUGGAGAACCAUGGAGGCCAUGGUUGUCUGUAGACAGCUGGGACUGGGCUUUGCCAGCAAUGCUUUCCAGGAGACCUGGUACUGGUCGGGUGAGGUGAGCGCUGAUGCUGUGGUGAUGAGUGGCGUUCGGUGCUCUGGAACUGAGAUGUCUCUGUCCCACUGCCUGCACCAUGGAGCCCACCUCAGCUGCCCCAAAGGAGGCGGCCGCUACGCUGCCGGGGUCUCCUGCUCUGAGACGGCACCAGACCUGGUGCUGAACCCUCAGGUGGUGGAGCAGACCACCUACAUGGAGGAUCGGCCCAUGUUCAUGCUGCAGUGUGCAUAUGAGGAAAACUGCCUGUCCUCCACAUCCAGCGAGGUUCCUGCCAACACCUACCGCCGCCUGCUGCGCUUCUCCUCACAGAUACACAACAAUGGCCAGUCCGACUUCCGACCCAAAGCUGACAAGCACUCGUGGGUGUGGCAUGACUGUCACAGGCAUUAUCAUAGCAUGGAGGUGUUCACCAUCUAUGACCUAUUCAGCCUCAAUGGAACCAAAGUGGCUGAAGGACACAAAGCAAGUUUCUGCCUGGAGGACUCAGAGUGUGAUGAAGGUAUUGAAAAGAGGUAUGAAUGUGCCAACUUUGGAGACCAGGGUAUUACUGUGGGUUGCUGGGAUACCUACAGGCAUGACAUCGACUGCCAGUGGGUCGACAUUACCGAUCUGAAACCCGGGGAUUACAUUUUCCAGAUUAUAAUUAAUCCAAACUACGAAGUGCCAGAGUCGGACUACACCAAUAACUUCACGAAAUGCAGAUGUCGAUAUGAUGGCCAUCGUGUGUGGAUGUACAGCUGCCAUAAUGGUGGCUCAUUAAGCAGUGAAACAGAACAGACAUUCCCGGGCCUCCACAGCAACCAGGUGACCCACAGGUAAAGACAGAGCAGAGGAGUGGAGUUAACUGGCCUAUGCUUUCAGUAGAACGACCGGCUGAAGCCAACCAACCACUACACAUCUCAUCUAUGUGGAUUCCUCUGACCAGCCGUGCCCUGGUCAAAGCAUCUGUUUUUACGCUCGCCUCAUCCAUGAGGCAGUCGCUUUCUUUGACCCUCUCCCCUCCCGUUUCCCUCCGGCAGACAGAAUAUUUGAUUCCCCCUUCUGUCCAUGCAGCGGCAGCUACUUUAACAACACUUCCAACCUCUCUGGUUAAGAGCAAGAGAACGGUGAAACUCUCUGUAUGCCCUGUGACAGAGAGAACUUGUUUUUACAGACCUGCAGGUUAGUGGCAGGUGUAUUACACAAGGCAAAGUAUCGAGGAAUGUCAUUACGAGUCUGCCUACUUUGAAAUGCAGCUUUUUAAAAGAACCCUGCUGCACUUCUUUUGUGUGUAUGUCUGUGUGUGUUUUCCCCGAAACUCUCCCUGAAGAGUUUGGUUUGUCUGUGCCAGGUCGCCUGAAGAUUGACAGGAAUCAUCAAUAGCAAACACAGCAGCCUGUGUGUGGAAAUGCAGGCUAUUUUUCAUUCCAUUCAUUUUUUUUAGCAGUUUCAGAAAUGUUUUUUUACAUGCUGAAGCCCAGAUAAACUAAGCUUCCUAUUGCAUAUGUUAUUUAAGCUUCACACCUUCAGUGAGGAAUUUUUUUCAAAUUAAGCUGUGGCAGAAGCAAUUUCUGCAAAGCAAAACAGCCCGUUCAUCACCAAUUACAAGUGCUAAUUGCCUGGUUCGGCUGGAAGACUAAUCUACCAUGGCUGAAACGUGACGUAUUAAAGUGCCUUAAAGUGCCCAAAGCCAUUUUAGCUCUGCACACUGCACUGACAAGAUUGUGGUCACAUUUCAUAGAAGAGUAGCACUAAAAGUCUCUGAAGAAGCUGAUCAUAUAAAAGUAUGUUGAAAGAAAUAUAGAAAGGAAUAUUAUCUUUCCUAUUUACAGCAAGCAAUAAUUACUUCUAAUAGGGGCUUUUGAUUUAGUAUGCCUGCCAACAUUACCUUAUGCUGGGCUAAAGCUGAGCAGACACUGUGUGAUUUUUUUCAGUCGCGCUUUUCAGCUCCUGCUCAAACUGUACGAUUGACUCGCAGAGGUUAGAAGU